AUGUAUACACAUAAAACGCCUUUGAAGUCGUAUUUACCAAUAAGAUCUCGUACAUUAUACAAAGGUAUAAUUGGAGGGGAAACUGACCACUAUACUUACGAGAAUAACGAGUGGUGGCAAUUAUACAGAGAUGAUAAAAGUAUUGCACACGAAUAUGUUGGGGAAUAUUCUACCGAUUUAUAUUCUAAGGAGGCAAGAACAAUCAUAGCAAAUCACAAUGCCGACAAGCCAAUGUUUAUGUACUUGGCAUUUCAAGCUGCCCAUGUGCCUCUACAGGCACCCGACAGUUACAUAGACAUGUAUUCCCAUAUAACAGAUCCAGAUAGACGUGUGUAUGCUGCCAUGGUUACAUGUAUGGACGAUGCUAUAGGCAGCGUAGUUGAACAAUUAAAACAAUCUGGUCUAUGGAACAAUACUGUUUUGGUCGUAUCAACAGACAAUGGCGGUCCCCAUGCAAGUGGUAACAACUGGCCUCUCAAAGGCGCCAAAGCAACACUGUGGGAAGGAGGUGUAAGAGGUGUGGGGUUUGUUACGAGUCCACUACUGGACAAUCGUGUCAGAGGGUCAUCAAAUCAUCAACUUAUUCACGUUACCGACUGGCUUCCUACAUUUGUAAGUUUGGCUGGUGGUGAUAGUAAUGAAAUUAAAUCAAUGGAUUUGUACGGUGUGGACCAAUGGAAUACUAUAAGCAAAAACCAACCAUCUAUGCGGGACGAUGUACUCAUAAACUUGGUUCCAGAAUCAUUGAUGAACAAGGCAAAAACAAAAGAUCGUUGGACGGAAAACGAGUAUUUCGAUGUGGGAAUAAAGGCAGCAGUUCGUGUUGGUGAUUGGAAGUUAUUAACAGGGCACCAAGGUCCAGCAAUUUGGUUCGCUGCUCCAGAAAGUGAUCACGAUACAGUUUACGAAAGCGAUAAUCGAAUUGUACGUCUUUACAACUUAGCUGAAGAUCCAACUGAAUCGAAUAAUCUGGCCGACUCGAGGACAGACAAAGUACUGCAGUGCCUGAAGAAAUUAGGGGAAUACCUACCAACAGUGUUACCAGUACUGAACGAGCCUUCAAUCAAUCAAGAUGAAGCAGAGCUCCUCAUGCCCAACCACAUACUGGCGCCAUGGGAUCUAGCGGCGUAUAAAAAAAUUGCCCUUUUAAAACUGGGCUGAUUUGACACAAGACACGUGAAUCUUGAACAUUAUUAUGUCGAUUGUUAUUGUUAGUGUAUUAUUUCAAGCGUAAUAGGCAAUCAUCAUACAUUCGACAUCGCUAUAUUGUUAUUAUACUAAUGAUUCUUACUACCAUAUACGUAGACACGUUAUUACCUAGUUGUGACGUCACAUAGAGGUGGUGGUAUGGAUUCAAACACGUG